AUGAACGGUUGCAUCAAAUAUGGUGAUCUGAACUACGGAGCCUCGCACCAGUUUGCGACCAUUGGCAGUAACAAUGGCCAUGACGGUACUUCCGGGGCUCCAUUUUACAAAAACCCCGGCGUUGUUCAAGAUUACGUCUACCGCGCCGUACAUCUCGAAGCGGAGCUAGGUAAGGCGGUAGUCGAGGAAUUUUACGGCAUGAAACAUACAAUGGCCUACUAUAUCGGCUGCUCAACCGGCGGCAGGCAAGGGUUAAAAGAGGCACAGAAAUUCCCAGGCGACUUUGAUGGCAUCCUUGUCGGUGCCCCCGCUCUCGAUUUUCACGCCCUCAUGUACUGGACCGGACAGUUUUUUAUCAAGACUGGGACCAAUGAGACCUCGAGGUUUCUCUCAGCUGCGCGGUGGGAGUUGGUAUAUGCAGACGUCUUGAAACAGUGCGACGGCCUGGACGGCGUAGAAGACGGCAUUAUUGAAGACCCCAAUCUCUGCCAGUAUCGGCCCGAAGAACUUAUUUGCUCCGACGUCCCAUCUAAGACAUGUUUGAGCGGAGAGCAGGCUGCUACGGUUCGGGCUGUGUUCUCUCCAGUCUACGGCUCAGAAGGCCAGCUGGUCUAUCCUCGACUGCAGCCAGGAGCACAAGCAACAGAGCGGAUGUUCAGCGGACAGCCUCAGCAGUACCCCGUAGACUGGUGGCGAUAUCUUGUGUACGACGAUCCUGAAUGGGACAUCUCAACAUUGAACCUUCGAGAUUACGAAGCAGCUUCACGAAAAGACCCGUGGAAUAUGUCGACUUGGGAAGGCGAUCUAUCGGAGGCAAGCGAGCAUGGGGUUAAGAUCCUGCAUUACCACGGCCUGGAGGACAACGCGAUCAGCAGCGAAAACUCAGAAAGAUACUAUGAUCUUGUUUCACGAACGAUGAAUCUUUCUUCGGCAGAGUUGGACGACUUUUAUCGAUUCUUCCGGAUUUCGGGUAUGCAGCAUUGCAGUGGUGGCUCCGGGGCCAGCAUCAUUGGAGCCACUCCAAAGCCCGUUUCGUACGAUCCAGAUGCCAAUGUAUUGGCUGCGAUUGUCCGAUGGGUUGAAAAUGGCACCGCGCCGGACUCUAUUCUUGGCAGCCGACAGAUGGCGUCAGGAGAGAUUGACAUGCAAAGGAGACACUGCAGAUACCCAGCUCGAAACGUGUUCAAGGGUCAAGGCGAUCCUAGUAAGCCUGGCAGCUGGGAAUGUAUUUAA